CGUGGUCACAGUUCGGCUGGCAUCACACGUUCGCGACUGGUGAUAGUUACCGCGCUACCCCAACGCUACUCGUGGCACCGGCAGCCUUCAAGGUCGAGUCGCAGCAGCGUCGGAUGUAGGUGGUUGCUACACGAAUCGCAUUCUCCACAAUCAGUAUGCAGCGCGUAAUGCAGCGUAUCCAGCAAGUAGACUGGAAGGCCGUCCGUCGCGACGGUCAUAACAUCUUCACCAAGCUCAUCAGGACGAAGGACCCGUUGGAGGCAGAGGCCAACCAAGAACUGGCUGUGCCGGGGAGACAUCGUUUAUCGCGUUGUUUAACCACUACGGAUCUGACGUCCUUGGGCGUGGGCUCCUGUGUUGGCACCGGGAUGUAUCUCGUUGCUGGCAUGGUGGCCCGCAAGUUCGCAGGCCCUGGCGUUAUGAUAAGCUUUAUCAUAGCGGCCAUAGCCAGUAUCUUUUCGGGUGCAUGCUACGCCGAGUUCGGCGUCCGUGUCCCGAAUACCACUGGAUCGGCUUAUACCUACUCAUACGUCACCGUUGGAGAGUUCAUCGCCUUCAUUAUUGGUUGGAACAUGGUGCUCGAGUACCUGAUCGGGACUAGUGCCUGCGCCAGGGCUCUGAGUGCGUGUUUCGACUCUCUCUUCAACGGAGCUAUCUCCCACCAUCUCGCUCUCAACAUCGGAACUAUCUUUGGCAAGCCCCCGGACUUCAUCGCUUUCGCCAUUACUCUUUUGAUGAUGCUCGUCCUGAUCGCUGGCGUGAGGAAAUCGCUGAUGUUCAACAACAUCCUAAACUCCAUCAACCUCAUAGUUUGGGUGUUCAUCAUGGGCUCCGGUCUCUUCUACGCCGACUUCAGCAACUGGACUGAUCAUAAGGGUUUUCUUCCGUACGGAUGGAACGGGGUGUUCAGCGGCGCCGCUACUUGCUUCUACGCUUUCAUCGGGUUCGAUAUCAUUGCUACCACCGGAGAAGAGGCCAACAACCCUAAGCGUUCCAUCCCUCUGGCUAUAGUGCUGAGUCUGGGCAUCAUCCUACUGGCUUAUGUUAGCACUUCCAUGAUGCUGACUCUGAUAGUUCCCUACGACCAAAUAGACACCGACUCGGCCUUGGUACAAAUGUUCGCCCGCGCCGGCGCCCCCAUCUGCAAGUACAUCGUUGCGAUUGGUGCUCUCGCUGGCCUCACCGUGUCCAUGUUUGGUUCCAUGUUCCCGAUGCCAAGGAUCAUCUAUGCAAUGGCGCAAGACGGACUAAUCUUCAAGUCACUGGCGUCGAUUUCGGAGACAUCCGGGACUCCAGCCCUCGCUACCAUCCUAGGAGGUUUCGCUGCCGCAAUGGUAGCCCUGACUAUCCAGCUGGAGGUGCUCGUUGAAAUGAUGAGCAUCGGCACCCUUCUCGCCUAUACCUUGGUUUCAACCUGCGUUUUGGUUCUCCGCUAUCAACCUCACACCACAAACCUCAUCGAGCUGCUGCCGCAAAGCUUGAGAACUCCUGUAGAACCAGACGCAACCGCCACCGCGUCCCACGAGACAUGCUUCACUGGACACCUGCAAGCCCAUAUCCAAGCAGCCAGUCAACACGUUAUGGUCCGUCGUGUCACCCGAAGUUCUCCGGACUCCGACGAUACUCUUCCUGGCGACGACAGCGAAGAGUACGGUCGUGAUGACACCUUCCUCGUUAACUCGGCUGCCGAAAACAAGUUCUACGUGGGCGCGGUUCCUGGAGGCUCCGGAGCUGCUUACACGCGUUGCGGCCGCUUCAUGGAAGCAAUAUCUCGUAGGCUGCACGCCAUGUCUUAUCUCUGCCCUGGUCUCUUCCCCUGGGUCGACUGCGGUCCAGCCACCGAAUUUACCGGUUUGUUCGUGAUCAAGGCUGUAGGUGUGAUGUUCGUUAUGAUCUUCUUGUUUGACGUCUUGGCUGCCUACGGUAACCCUAGUACCUCCACCUUCACCGCCAUUGUUAUGGUACUUCUCUUUCUCGGAAUCGUCCUGAUCCUUCUUCUUAUCUCCCGUAAACCACAGAACCGCGUUGCCCUGAUGUACACGACCCCUGGGCUUCCGUUCGUGCCGACUAUCGCGAUUAUCGUCAACAUCUACCUGAUUCUGAACCUCUCGAUCCUGACUCUUGUUCGUUUCACCGUCUGGAUGGCACUCGGUCUCGUGAUGUACUUCAAAUACGGAAUCAAGAACUCAACCUUGGAAACCAACCCAAAGAUGCCACGCGCUGUUACCCCACCCCCACCGAAUCCCCUUGACCGCACCACGAUCCCGCCAGCUUCUCCAGGACAGUCCAAACCAGUUGGAGACCGGAACAUUUUUGAGGGAGACGGCAAUAGCGGAUUCUACGGACACUUUGACCAAUACCCCGAUCCGCUUCUGUCUUGGCACGAGUCGAAUCUAGAGCCUGCUCAAUCAACCAGUCGAGGAACAAUGUCAACGACUACAUACAAACAGGUUGAGACUAGAUACAACAUGAAAACCAACAGUACCACAUCCCACACUUCGAGUCGACCACCAUGGGCGUACCCAGAUUCUACAUAUGACACAUGGGACGACUAAAGUCUCUUUUUUUAUUUUCUCCAUUAGAUUCAUUUAAAUACUUACAGUAUCUGGCGGUUACUAUUUGGUGAGAUUUUGACGUCACCAAUUUUGUGUAAUUCAUCAGAUACUAUGAGUAUUUUUGAAAUAGUUUUCAACUAAAUAUUUCAUUGGUAAUAAUUUUAGCACCAUCACAAUUCAAUAUAUUAUUGUCUCAAGAUGGGCGGCGACAUGUACGUUUUGAUGUCCAUGGGCUCCGGUAACAACUUAACAUCAGGCGGACCGCGAGCUCAUCCGCCCAUAUAGAGCAAUAAAACAUAUCCCCAAAACAUCUCUGACCACUAAUUAAAAAAAACCUACAGUCUUAGUAUAAAUUUCCUAAAAUUAUCAAUGAAAAUUUAGUAACAUUAGAUCAUUUCUUAUUCUCAUAAAUUUGUCGGUUUUUAAGCGAUUUUUUCUAAAAUGUAGGUGUAUACAUUAUUAUCUAAUUUCUAUCAUUUAAAGUCUGUUAAUUGUAAUGAUUUUUUCAUUCAUUUAAAGUUACAUUUAAGUUUCUAAAUAUGAAUUUCUUUUUUAAAUAUAAUUUAUCAACUCAUUAUACACCUACUAUUUUGGUUAAUCUUUUUAAAAAUAUUUGUUUAUUUAUUUGUUUAAUUUAACGUCUAAGUUAAAAAGAAGAGUAACAUCUUAUAAAGGAACCAUGUAGUACUCGGUGGAUCGUGGUGGACUCCAAAUUUAAUAUGCGGAAACAAAUAGCUAUCCUGCGUGGCUAUAGAUUACUUUCUAGAACGCUCGAAUUAUAUUCUACAUCAAAGAAAAACUAAGAACUAACUAACAAGAAUAACUUCUUGUUGUCCACCGAUAUAUCUUUCAUUUUAAAUUUUUUUUCUAUUAAAUUUACUUCCCUUCAUAACUAUCAACCUCACUAGAAUCACAUUAAAAAUUCCUAUCUUCAAAUCGAAACAUAUCAGACGAAUUUCUAUAGAUUUCUUAAAAUUACUUACAAUAUUUAUGUAGACUAAUCCCCUCUAUCUAAACUAUCCUAUCUAAAACAGUUUGGAAAUUCUCUUAAAUACAAAACCAUUGUAUUAAACUGUCUUAUACUUUGUACAUGUCUUUACAAACUUCUACGGAGUUCGCUCAACUUUUAAAUCCCUCUUAUUGUUCGAAAGCCUGUAUUGGAAUGUGUAUUUGUUGCGGAUCGUUCUUUUGAAUUAAAAUUUCACUAACAAUUUAUUGUUGCGAAGAUUUUUCGGGACAUGUUAGACCAUGAAUACGUAAGCUGGCGAAAACGAAUCACAACAAACAAUCACUACUGGAAAGUCUUCCGUCUAUUAUAACUGAACGUUUAUUUGUGUGAGAUGAGAGUGCAAUUGAAACUAGAGUUUUGGUAGGGAUUGGCAAUGUCUGGAGUGAUAGAACAGGCCAGGGACGCCGGCCAUGUUCAGUGGUCUGACGUUUUAAUUGCCUUCAUCAUUUUCAGCAAAUGAAGGUUUAGCUUUAUAAUAAUUCGUAAAUAUAAUCGCUGAGUGGCCGUUAUUAAAUUCGCUAACACGUCGAUUCCUAUUAAUUUGGUUUAUUUUCAUCGAGUCUCGGAGGCAUUCUUGAUGACGUGAUAUUUUAUGUAAUGUGUUAUAAUAAGUUUGUAAUUUUAAUCAGCUAUUCUAGAAACUUAUGGGUCCGCGACUAGUUUUCGUAAUUAGGUUAAUGAAUGUUUUUCGUUACUAAAUGUAUCUCGUUGGAUUUUGCUGCGAUCGGCAUUUGGACUGUGAAAAUUUGGACUGAACUUAGAUGAGGCUAGAGAGGUGGUGUCGUUGGCAGCAAAAUUAAUCGCUAGUAAUUAGUCUUGAUGUAAGUCUUAGUAUAACGUAGUUUUAAGGCGGCAGUGUCUCUAAGUAAAACCUCCAGCGUCAUAAAAAAAAAAUUAAAACAAAGAAUUAUCACGAAUAAUUCUAUUUCAGUACUUUUAGUAUCAUAUAACAGGAAUUCAUAUUCAUUUCUGAAAACGUCGUAAUUGAAAAUAAUAAAGAACUUAACAGUUGAUCUUAACAGUUGUUGAUCAAUGAAUUAAAUGGUUGGCUUUUGAAAUGUGAUCGUGGAAUUGUGAAUGAAUGUAUGUUAAUUGUUAAUAGCUGGUUCGCAUGGUGUCCCUUGACUCGUUCUGUAAUUAGAAUUAAAUUCAAUUCGAGAAUUUCUCGAAAAUUCGAUAUUAAUUCUGAAUAUAGACGACAACGGGGAUAAUAUUAUUUAGUGUAUAAAGCGUGAGAGUUUGUUGUAAUGGUUAAUAUCUGGUAUUCGAAUUAAGGCAAAAUUGUUAAAUAAUCGUUAAAUUUCAAAUCGGUAUCUAGUACUCAAGUUUUUGCGAUGAGGCUGCAUGCCAUUUAGAUUUUAAUAUCAUUAUACCUAUUUAUUCUCUAGUAAUAAUGAAAUAACGUGUGUCGUAUGCCGCGUAUGAAACCAAAACCUACUUCAUUAAUUAGGACAGACCCCAAACCACUAUCGUAUUUUUAAUAUGUGUGCUUUAUGAUUCUCGUGAAAAAAUUUAUGAUCCGUUGCUAACUAUGAAGCUUAUUACAGCACGCGUUUUGUAACUGGUAGGUAUUGGAAUGUGAAUAUCAUCGGUCUUGAAGUCUACUUGAAAGAUAAUAAGAGAUAUCGUCAACAAAAAGUAUAGAUAAUAACUGAACCGACGCUAUAAUGGAGCGAAAUGAUGUGGCAUCAUUGGAACAACAAAAAUGUUAUAUAAAUAAUUAGUAAUGGUUAUAAUGUGCCUACAACGAAUACAGCUUACAAAUCACUAAUAAUGUUAGGCACCUUAAAGUGAGAUCUAACUUUAGGCAGAAUAAUUAUAUUACCAGGAAUUUUAAAAGCUAUGAUCUAAUGUAACAGUCUUAGUAACUUAAACUAAACACCAAAAAGUUAUGUUAGGCACCUUAAAGUCAGAUCUAACUUUAGGCAGAAAAAUUAUAUUACCAGGAAUUUUAAAAGCUAUGAUCUGAUGCUACAGUCUUAGUAACAUAUACUAAACACCAAAAAGUAUAUGUUAGGUCUAUUAGUUAUUGUAUUAAAAAUUUAUCAGAUUUAUGGGAAGCAAGCUAGAUCAUAAUACAAACAAUCUUUGAUAGACUUGUGUACGUACGGUAAGAAAGAAAAUUGAUGCGAAAAUCUCAACGUGUGCUCAGUUAUGUUGCUGUAAGUAUUAUUUUGAACCCCGAUUUUCGUCUUGUAUCCCGAUAAAUGUUGAAAUGGUAUGAAAAAAAAAAUACCUUAGGAAUGUAAGUUCUCAGAGCUUCGUCCAUCAUAUCGCGACGACUCUGACGAUAGUUUAAGUUUUAAAAAUUAUUAAACGCCAACAUUAUAUGUGUUUCGUGAGUAAUCUAAAGGAAUGUAAUCGAUAAACGUUACUUGGAAAUGUUUUGCUAUGUGUAUCGCUCAAACGCAGGCUGAAAUAUACAUAUUAGCAUGAAUGAAUGAGCCACUAUACACGCAAAUAAUACGAGUAACGUUCGUCGAUUUCGCAGAUCUGUGGUGAGUUUUGUAUAGCAAUUUUAUUCAUUAAAUUCUUAAAAAUUCAAUUCAUAAUAAAAAAAAUGCUGUCUCACUCUUACACACUAGAGAGUGAAACGCAUAUUUUUGUAAAAUAUUUAAAUUGAAAAUGCAUUUCUAAUGAUUUAAUGAUAAAAGAACGUUUAUAAUCGUAAACAGAUCUGUUAAAAUUUAAUUUUAUGUACUCAUUGGAAACAUAAAUAAUGGAGUUUAAAUACAUGUAAUCGAUAUAAUAUUACUUAACAAUUUAUCUUAAUCAAUAUACUGAAAUAUAUAAUACGGAAUAUGUGUCUAAUGUAAUCACAUUUAAUUGACCCUUUAUAAGUCUAAGUUAACGCAGAGGUUGCAAUAGCAAUCGAAUUACCCGCUCAUGUGACAUAAAUGCAGAGAUCGACCGAAUAUCUUAUUAGGCUUCGUUGAAGCGUUCAAAAUACUGUGCACACACCUUUAGAUAUACUCAAAAAGGAGAAUUGUGCAAUCACCAUCUUGAUACAGACAACAAAUUUCGUUUCGCAUGGGUUUAAAAGGAAACAAAACUACCCUCGCACUUAAUUGGCUUCUAUAGCUACAUUACGCUUUGGAACCGUGCUCCAUCCUGUACCGUUAAAUUAGUAGUAACAUUUUAAGCCUGAAAGUAGAUUCUUGGUAUCGGCGGAAAUUAACUUCGAAUUUACGAGAAUUAAAAAGACGCUUGAUAUUAAAGAGCGUCGGGCUUAUUUCGAAAUACAUAGUUGGAUGCUUCAUAUCCAAUAUGUUAAGAAAACUACCCGCUACAGAUUACCUGAGGAGUUUUCAUUAAUUACUACAGACUUUUUACAAUCGUCGGUACAUCGCGUUUCCAAGUCAAACAUUCACCUUGAAGCUCAGGUCAUAGAUGAUCGUACAUGGUCGAUCACACGCACACACACACGACGAUCUGCAAAUGCAGCCUACUAAAUAUCUCUAUUAAUGUGACAACCCUUAAUUUGGUUGUCUAAAUUGGUUUUUACGCCAAGUAAGAUCCGGUAAGUUUCUCUGUUUUUGACGUGAGCGAUUAGAUGAAAAUGCAUGAUUUGUUAAGGUUCCGGGAAUAUUGCAGAAUUCGGCAUUUACACUAAAUGAGUGCGCAGUGAUCAACACAGAACAGAACUUCGAUGUGCAAUCGAGCUUAAAAAUUCUAGCCUCCUAACAGACGCACUUAAGGUAUAUGCUAAUUCGCUGUUGAAUAAAACUAAAAAGCGGAUAAUGUAAUGUGUUUUGAGUCAUUUUACAUUCGUUUUCAUUGUCUUAAUGCCUUAAUCGUAGCGUAGCCGUUGACUUUGCUCCUUUGCUACGCCGCAUUGAGUUUAGAUCUCGUAUAUGGCAAAGCAAGUGACAGAAAUGGAGACAAUGGCGAUUGUUAGUUUUGCGACUGCUUAUAUUGGUACUUCUCACAGAUGAAGAAAAUUCUGCAUGUCAGUUUCGAACUUACCAAGCUUAAAACCUCGUAUAAGAGAACACAACCUUUGGAUCAUGUAAGUUUAAAUAAAUACGAAAACGAAUUUUAAACAAAUAUUAAAUCAAAAAAGAUUUGAUCCAUUGAAGAGAAACCAUCCAUUGAUCCAUUGUUCCGUUGAGAAAUUGAUCCGUAACAAAUCACCAUUUUUGUGGUUCGCUGGCUAUAUGUAACCUUUGCCUUUAACCUUUGGUUGUACUUGUAAAUCGAUAUGAUCAAAUAUUGGACUGAAUUUUAUUUUAAGGAAAGUUAGUCUCAUGAUAGCAUUUCACUUGACGCCGUGUAUGCGAGUAGAGGUACUAAAAGUUUUAAUCAAUAUUCAAAAGAAAUCACUAACUUAAUCAAAUGAACCAACAAGUAUAAACUUACUCAGGAAACAGAAACGCGUUUGUCUAAAAUAAAUGAAUUAUUUGCAUUUAUGGUAAUAAAAUAAUAAUAAGCAGUAAAUCCUCUAUAUUGUCGUUUGGGAUAAAGAAAAAAACAAAUACACUAUGACUAUGACAUGUAUGUGAAGUGCUAUUACAAUGAGACUAAAAUUUGCGGUACCAAUCACAGUUGCAAUGUUUUUCAUACGAAUGUUUUUCGCUGAAGACAAAUCGAUCGUCAAUUGAAAAUCAAACGGAAAUGUACAAGUAGGUAUAUAUGUUACCAACUGUAAUAUCGGACACAUUUUAACAUGUAACUUAAUGUUAUAUUCAUUAAAAAUUCAGUUCAAAGUGUUUCAUAGGCAUAUUAUUAACAGUACAUAACAAGGAAGUUUUGAUUUGUAGAUAAAAAAUACAACAUUAUUUUAGACAUAAGUAGACAUAGACAAACCUUUUUUCACUACAAAGAACUUCUACCUGUCAUAGUUUUUUUUUUCCUACCUAUGCUGAUAGCCUUGAGAGGCUAUUUCAGCUUCGCCCUAACGUUUG